GGAGGAGGAGGAGGAGAGGAAGGAGGAGCGAGCGAGGGGAACCGACUGGCUGAGGCUCUCAGCUCUCAGUCUCUCCUCAGUGCUUCGCGAAGCAGCUUCUCUCGGUCUCUUUCCCUCCCUCUCUCGCACGCACCGGCUCUCCCACUCUUCCUGUCCGAGCCGGCGAGAGCGAACGCAGAGGGGCUCUCGCGCUCCAACUCCUGCCGCGCCAUGCUGCCCUGGCGAAGGAAUAAGUUUGUUCUGGUCGAGGAUGAAGCCAAGAAUAAACCCAAGAGCCUGGGGACCGGGCUGACCUACCAGUCCAUCCUCUCUUCCCUGCUGCGCUCCUGUCCUGACUUGCUGCCCGACUGCCCCUUCAACUGGGUGGGCAACAUCUUCCACACCAAGCGGCAAAAGGUGGAACUGAACAAAGAGGAGCCUGUUUACAACGUGCGCUACCUGGGGAGCGUGGUCACCAUCACGGCCAAGGGGGAUGGCUGCACCCAGGAAGCGGUGGCCAAGAUCUGGGCUCGGAGCAACUACGGCGAGCAGAGUGUCAAGAUGAGGCUAACGGUGGGGCCGCAAGGCGUCAGGAUGAGCGCCGACAAAUCUGGGAGGAAGAAACCUCUUCAUCUUUACUCUCUGAACAGGAUCACUCACUGCGCUGCCGACCCGUGCCGGCCCAAGAUCCUGGCCUGGGUCUACCGGCACCAGGUCAAGAACAUGGCAGUGGUGCUUCGGUGUCACGCCGUCCUGGUGAGCAAGUCGGAGAAGGCCCGAGCCAUCGCCCACAGCCUCUGCCAGAACACCACCUCCGCCUUCAGCGAGUUCAAGCGGCUGAAGCGUCAGAGUGAUUUCCGGCACUGCCAGCGGCAGCUGCUGGGUGAGGAGGCGGUGCCCCUGAUGCCGCUGAGGAGGCUGCUGAACGGGCAGUGCCACUACAGAACAACUGCCGACCACCCCGGGCGUGCCGCCCGCCUCUGCUCCAUCACAGAGGAGGAGGAGGAGGAGGAGGAGGAGGAGGAGGAGGAUGAUGAGGACAGCAAAGACAAGAAGCAGGAGGUGGAGCAAUCACGAGAAAUUGUAGAGGAGCAGCAGGAGACACAGAGGGUUUUAACAACAAACACGGACCCGACUCAGUUAUUGUCGGAGUUGGACAUCGGGGAUAUCGCCAGGCUGGAGCAGUGCCAAAUCAACUUUGUCAGUGACAUCACCAACAACACGUUUACGUUUAUGACCUCUCUGGUGUGACUGAAUCGUCAUUUGAAGAAUUUCUGCAAACACACCCCCCCCCCCCCCCCCCCCCCCCCCCCCCCUCCCCCUCCCUCCCCUGCUCUGUCCGUGUAAUGUGAAGUGUUCACCAGAAACUUCUCCCACUUCCAGGAGGCCGAGAAACGGCAGACGAUCUCUGCGUCGGAGUCAUUUCUUCUUCUUCUAUUCCGGCCCGACGGCUCAGACGCUGGAACUGUGUCAGUUCGGGGGGAAGCUGUUUACAAAGAGGGCUGCUGAUGCACAGACGAGCGAAAAAGCACAAUGACCGACGAGGACGCCGGUGGUUAUAGAAAAACCCCCGAGAGGGCCGACGCUGAGAUCACCGACAUGCGGGUCACAUGUCGACCACAGCGCCGUGCGGGAUGUGUUUACCAGUCCUCUGUCUCUUAUUUGAGUAGAAUCAAUGCCGCGUUGGCCAGCAGGGACGUUUUUUCGGAUCGACUUGUAAUAUUUUUUCAGGGAGGCUCUUUGUAUAUUUGUGUAAUGUUUUUCUAAUAUGACAAUCCUCACUGACGUUUGGUUCACAGACUGACAUGAACUUUGUUACGGUUUUGCUAAUGUUCACAGCCGACUAAUGAAUAAGGCUAUAAUUUAGGACGGAAGCCAUUGAGUGGACUUGUUUAUUGCUGCCAUUUGUUACUGCCCUUAUUAUUUAUGCAUGACAUGUCAGCAUUAACCUUUUCAUGCCCGAGCUUUCCUCGUUUUUGUUUUUUUGUUUAGUCAUGUGAUAUCUCUUUAAAAUGAACACUGUGAUAAACGUGUGACCAGGGACAAACCACACAACUAUUGACGUAUUGCAUUGUUUAAAACGUACAUCUAUUCUAGUUUCAACUGGUAACGACAACUUCAACAACAACAACAACAACAACAACAACAACAACAACAACAACAUAUUUCACUUUGUCAUUGCUGUGCUCUUUGGCCAAGUUUUGCUAAUGCAGUGAUUUCUUUUUGUCCAUGUGAGCCCUUGCAAAAACCCCUUACAAGUUAACACACAAUCUGUUUUGGAUAAAACUGCAAACCAAUGUUCCUGUUGAUAAUAUCUGUGCUACUGUCUGAAGUUGCAUUGUGAUCAUCAUGAGAGGGAGCUUUCUAUUUUCCAAAUAUGAUGAAUAAAAAUUACCCUCACUUGGGUUCCCUGCUUGAA